AUGCCCCCAAGCUUUCUGGUCACAGACAAGCACUCAGUUGUUCGUGUCAAUGCAGAAGAGUUUCCAUUUCAAGACAAGGCAUUCCUGGCCCUGUACGCAGACACAGAGAAGGGGCAUGCCAUGAUUGAUGUCAUCCAAUGGAAUCAGUUCUUCAAAUGUCACGUGGAAGUUCGAGAUCAUGAAAAGGAACUUCUUUUCAAUGGCAUGAUAACGGAGGACGGUCACAAGGCAUUUCAACACAAGAAUAUCCCACUAGAGUGUCUCAUACAGGUUCCUGUAAAAUUUGGUGUGAGUCUCCACGUUCAGGAGGAAGGAAAUGCAGAUGUAGAAGACAUGGAAUGUCACCAGGUCCACAUAAACACACAGAAUGGAGACACCUUACUCAAAAAUUUAAAAUGUGGAACAGUUCAUGCACAUAGCUGGACAGGGAACAUCAAAUGUGUGUCUUCACUUCAGGGCAACAUAGAGCUCAAGACAGGGAAUGGGGGGGCCAUCAAAGCAGACAAACUUCAGGGUCAACAUGUUCAGUGUAAAACACAGGAUGGCACCAUCCAGGUCAAAUCAGUCUAUGCAGACGAUGCCAACUUCUGGUCACAAAGUGGCGCCAUCUAUCUUGGCAGUGUACAUGGAAGCACUGUAGUAGACAUACACAAUAAGGGAGAUGUCAAAAUCGAUUCACUGGAUGGCAGCCUGAAUGCCCUUAUGAAAGAAGGUAAUCUUGCUGCCCACAUCACCAGACAUGAAGAGGUAACAGUAAGGACAGGCAAAGGUGACAUCUCUUUAGACCUUCCUGUCAGUGCUAACACCACUCUCGAGUUGUUGGGGAGUCAAGUGGAGGUGGACAAGGCACUCUCUGUGGAGAACGUGGAGGAAAAAAAGGAAGGGAAUCUGACAAAAUUUACCGGCAAGAUGAACUCCAGUGGAAAAGGCAGUGUCAAGUCAGAAGCACGCGAUGGGAAAAUUGUUGUCACUGCUAAAGAUUGGUUUGAAUCCCUCAAUCUGAGUAAAAAGUGA